CAUCUCCGGCCCGGCUUCCCACGAGCGUCGCUCCGUGGUGCGGGGUUGGGUCUCCGUCGAGCCGACUGUGGUGGACGCCGGGCGGCGAAGGCCGUUCCCGAGCUGCGGCCUCGAGGCGGUUCCCGGUGGCUGGGGCAGCAGGGCGCGGGCCCAACGCGGCCGCGGCCGCGACCGGCGACGUGGGCCGGGGCGAGGAGUGGCCUGCAGUGUGAGUGGCUGAGUCCACAAAGACACCCAGACAGCAGACUGCACCACUGUGCAUCCAGCACUCCCAGCUUCCGGUUCCUGAAUCAGCAAAACACCCAACCCUAAAACCCUUUCUUCAGAACACUCAGCUUCCAGCAUUUGCCGUGGGAAGGGUUCUCCUUUGACCUCGCACAAGUUCAUACUGCACACCUGGGGCUCUGUUACUACUAGAGAGAAGAUGGCGAUGACUGCAGCAACUUUAGUGGUUCCCACUGAGUGGAUCAAGAACUGGGAGAAAUCUGGGAGAAGCGAAUUUUUGCGUUUAUGCCGGAUUCUCAGUGAAAGUAAAAGCCGCGACACUUUGGCUUGUAGAGAUUUCCAACAAGCUCUCUAUGAGUUGUCAUACCAUGUCAUUAAAGGAACUUUAAAGCCAGAACAGGCAUCCAGUGUUCUCAGUGACAUCAGUGAAUUUCGUGAAGAUAUUCCAUUUAUUCUUGCCGACAUAUUCUGCAUAUUAGAUAUUGAGACAAAUUGUUUAGAAGAAAAGAACAAGAGAGAUCAUUUUACACAGUUGGUAUUAGCAUGUUUAUAUUUAGUUUCAGACACAGUUCUAAAGGAACGCUUAGAUCCAGAAACAUUGGAGUCAUUAGGCCUUAUCAAACAAUCACAGCAGUUCACUCAGAAGUCAGUUAAAAUCAAGACAAAACUCUUUUACAAACAACAGAAGUUCAAUUUGUUAAGAGAAGAAAAUGAAGGUUAUGCCAAGCUUAUUGUUGAAUUGGGGCAAGAUUUAUCUGGAAAUAUUACUAGUGAUUUAAUCUUAGAAAUUCUCAAAUCUUUAAUAGGUUGCUUUAAUCUAGACCCCAAUCGAGUUUUGGAUAUCAUAUUAGAGGUGUUCGAGUGUAGGCCAGAACAUCAUGAUUUCUUUAUAUCUUUAUUAGAAGCUUACAUGAAUAUGUGUGAACCACAAACAUUGUGUCAUAUUCUUGGAUUCAAAUUCAAGUUUUACCAGGAACCAAAUGGUGAGACUCCAUCAUCUUUGUAUACAGUCGCAGCAGUACUUCUACAGUUUAAUCUUAUCGAUUUGGAUGAUCUUUAUGUACACCUUCUUCCAGCUGAUAGUUGCAUUGUGAAUGAAUACAAACGAGAAAUUGUGGAAGCUAAGCACAUUGUCAGAAAACUUACAAUGGUUGUAUUGCCUUCUGACAAAAGUGAUGAACGAGAGAAAGAAAAGAAAAAAGAUGAUAAAGUAGAGAAGGCACCUGACAAUCAAAAACUUGGUUUGUUGGAAGCCUUAUUAGUUAUUGGUGAUUGGCAGCAUGCACAGAGUAUUAUGGAUCGAAUGCCUCCGUACUAUGCAGCAUCACAUAAAGUAAUAGCCCUUGCUAUCUGCAAUCUUAUACACAUAACUAUUGAGCCUCUUUACCGAAGAGUUGGUGUUCCUAAAGGUGCUAAAGGCUCACCUGUCAAUGCUUUGCAAAACAAGAAAUCACCAAAGCCAGCAGAGAGCUUUGAAGACUUAAGGAGAGAUGUAUUCAGUAUGCUCUGUUAUCUUGGUCCCCACCUUUCUCAUGAUCCCAUCUUAUUUGCAAAGGUUGUGCGCAUAGGCAAGUCAUUUAUGAAGGAAUUUCAGUCUGAUGGGAAGCAAGAAAAUAAAGAGAAAAUGGAAGUCAUCUUUAGUUGUUUGCUUAGCAUCACCGACCAGGUACUACUUCCGUCUCUUUCUUUGAUGGAUUGCAAUGCGUGUAUGUCAGAGGAAUUGUGGGGAAUGUUUAAAACAUUUCCUUAUCAGCAUAGAUACCGCUUAUAUGGCCAAUGGAAGAAUGAGACUUACCAUAGUCACCCACUUUUAGUAAAAAUUAAAGCUCAAACAGUAGACAGAGCCAAGUAUAUUAUGAAGCGUCUAACCAAGGAAAAUGUGAAACCUUCAGGAAGACAGAUUGGUAAACUGAGCCACAGCAAUCCAACCAUUUUGUUUGAUUAUGUCUUGUCACAAAUACAGAAAUACGAUAACUUAAUAACACCUGUGGUAGACUCAUUGAAAUAUCUCACUGCGUUGAAUUAUGAUGUUUUGGCCUAUUGUAUCAUUGAAGCAUUAGCUAAUCCAGAAAAAGAAAGAAUGAAGCACGAUGACACAACCAUCUCAAGCUGGCUUCAGAGCCUGGCUAGUUUCUGUGGUGCAGUUUUUCGUAAAUACCCAAUUGAUCUUGCUGGUCUUCUUCAGUAUGUAGCCAAUCAAUUAAAGGCAGGCAAAAGUUUUGACCUGCUUAUAUUGAAAGAAGUGGUACAAAAAAUGGCAGGAAUAGAAGUUACAGAGGAAAUGACAAUGGACCAGCUAGAGGCUAUGACUGGUGGGGAGCAACUGAAAGCCGAGGGUGGAUAUUUUGGCCAGAUAAGAAACACUAAAAAAUCCUCUCAGAGAUUGAAGGAUGCACUGCUGGACCAUGACCUUGCCCUUCCUCUCUGUUUGCUUAUGGCCCAGCAGAGGAAUGGUGUGAUCUUUCAGGAAGGCGGAGAGAAACAUUUGAAGCUUGUAGGGAAGCUGUAUGACCAGUGUCAUGAUACUUUGGUACAGUUUGGUGGGUUUUUAGCUUCAAAUUUAAGCACAGAUGAUUACAUAAAGAGAGUACCUUCAAUUGAUGUACUGUGUAAUGAAUUUCAUACGCCUCAUGAUGCAGCAUUUUUUCUGUCUCGGCCGAUGUAUGCGCACCAUAUUUCAUCAAAGUAUGAUGAACUUAAGAAAUCAGAGAAGGGUAGUAAACAGCAACAUAAAGUUCAUAAAUACAUUACAUCAUGUGAGAUGGUGAUGGCUCCUGUCCAUGAAGCAGUGAUCUCCUUACACAUUUCCAAAGUCUGGGAAGAUAUCAGCCCUCAAUUUUAUACCACGUUCUGGUCUCUGACAAUGUAUGACCUUGCAGUUCCACACACUAGUUAUGAACGAGAAGUCAAUAAACUUAAGAUCCAGAUGAAAGCAAUUGAUGACAAUCAAGAAAUGCCUCUGAAUAAAAAGAAAAAAGAGAAAGAGCGCUGUACUGCCCUUCAGGACAAGCUUCUUGAAGAAGAAAAGAAACAGACGGAGCAUGUGCAACGAGUUCUACAGAGACUGAGAUUGGAAAAGGACAACUGGCUCUUAGCAAAAUCUACUAAAAAUGAGACCAUCACAAAGUUUCUCCAGCUGUGUAUAUUUCCUCGUUGUAUUUUUUCAGCAAUUGAUUCUGUUUACUGUGCACAUUUUGUUGAGUUAGUCCACCAACAGAAGACUCCAAAUUUCUCCACACUUCUCUGCUAUGAUCGAGUUUUCUCUGAUAUAAUUUAUAUGGUUGCUAGCUUUACUGAAAAUGAAGCUAGUCGAUAUGGUAGAUUUCUUUGCUGCAUGUUAGAGACGGUGACUAGGUGGCAUAGUGACAGAUCCACCUAUGAGAAGGAAUGUGGAAACUAUCCAGGAUUCCUUACUAUAUUACGAGCAACUGGAUUUGAUGGUGGAAAUAAAGCGGAUCAGUUAGAUUAUGAAAAUUUUCGACAUGUUGUCCAUAAGUGGCAUUAUAAACUAACCAAGGCAUCAGUACAUUGCCUUGAAACAGGUGAAUAUACUCAUAUCAGAAAUAUCUUGAUUGUGCUCACAAAAAUACUGCCAUGGUACCCCAAAGUUUUAAAUCUGGGACAGGCUUUGGAAAGAAGAGUACAUAAAAUCUGCCAAGAAGAGAAAGAAAAGAAGCCAGAUCUGUAUGUACUAGCAAUGGUCUAAUCUGGGCAGCUGAAAAAUAGAAAGUCGUACAUGAUACCUGAAAAUGAAUUUCAUCACAAAGAUCCUCCUCCAAGAAAUGCUACUUCAAGUGUACCAAAUGGACCUUGUAGCGGGCUGCCAUCUUCCAUAGGAAACACGUCUAAGUCAGAUGAAAGCAGUACUGAGGAGACUGACAAGUCAAGGGAAAGGUCUCAGUGUGGCCUGAAAGCUGUCACUAAAACCUCCAGUGCCGUACCAAAAGGGAAUUCAAACAAUGGAAACAGCAGCUCCAACACCAAGGCUGUUAAGGAAAAUGACAAAGAAAAGGGGAAAGAGAAGGAAAAAGAAAAAAAAGAAAAGACCUCAGCUGUUAUUCCAGAAGUUAGGGUACUUUGUAAAGACAAUAAAGAAAAGCCCAAGGAAGAGCAGCCAAAUAAAGAUGAGAAAAUAAGAGAGACCAAGGAAAGAAUGCCUAAAUCUGACAAAGAUAAGGAAAAAUUAAAGAAGGAGGAAAAAGCUAAAGAUGAGAAGUUCAGGAUCACUGUCCCUAAUAUAGAUUCAAAGUCUACUCAAGAAAGAGAAAAAGAGAAAGAGCCAUCAAGAGAAAGAGAUUUAGCAAAGGAAAUGAAAUCAAAAGAAAAUGUUAAAGGAGGAGAAAAAACACCAGUUUCUGGGUCCUUGAAAUCACCUGUUUCCCGAACAGAUAAUGCAGAGCCCGAAAGAGAGAAGCGUCGCAAGGUAGAUUCCCAUCCUUCUCCAUCCCAUUCUUCCACAGUAAAGGAAAGUCUCAACAAACUCAAGGAGUCGUCAGCAAAGCUCUACAUCAACCAUGCUCCACCACUGCUGUGCAAGAGUAAGGAGAGAGAAAUGGACAAGAAAGAUUUGGACAAGUCGAGGGAAAGAUCCAGAGAGAGAGAGAAAAAAGAAGAGAAGGACCGGAAAGAGCGGAAAAGGGAUUAUUCAAACAAUGACCGGGAAGUGCCUCUGGACUUAGUCAAAAGGCGGAAAGAUGAAAAUGGAAUAUUGGGGACUUCAAAGCACAAAAGUGAAAGCCCCUGUGAGUCUCUUUAUCCAAGUGAGAAAGACAAGGAAAAAAAUAAGUCAAAAUCCUCAGGCAAAGAAAAAGGUGAUUUCUUUAAACCUGAAAAGGUGGAUAAAGUAUCCAGUGGGAAAAAGGAGUCUGGACAUGAUAAAGAAAAGGUAGAAAAGAAAGAGAAAUGGGACAGUUGUGGAGAUAAGGACGAGAAGAAGCAUCACAAGUCCUCAGACAAGCACAGAUAAUGAAGACUUUGAGCCAAGAGUGGGCAGGCCUCCAAGCUGAAGGGCUCCCAGCAUAGGAUGCCAGAGCUCUGGGUCACUCUCAAAACUUAAUUACGAGCUCCUGGCGCUGUUCAUUUUAUGAGAAUCUGUGUUACAUCAGAAGAUGAAUAUGCAUCCCAUCCUCUUGAGACAUUGCAAAGUCAAUGGUUUUCAGAACAUUAUUUUACCUCCAGGCAGUUUCUUGCAGCAAGAUCCCUGUGCGUACAUUUUUUUUUUCUUGAAAUGACACCAUCCAGAAACAGCAUUUAUAAAAUUUUCACCAGCUGAUUCUUGGAUCACCCUUGGAAAGGAAAAAGGAAUUCUCUUUUCUUCAAUGGAAGACUUCUGGGAGGGCCUGCUGUGCGUUUGCCAAUAUAUAAGAAGUAGGCUAUGGUGCAUUGUUGAAGUUACUGUUAUGCCUUCAAAGAGUGACUUAGUACCAGUUAUAGAAAAUAUCUUGCAGGUGCCUUGCAACUCUUUAGGUCUUCAGAGAUUCAUUACCCAUUUAAUCUCCAUAGCAAACUACAAGGUAAGCAGCACCAAUUCUGUUUAUAAGUGACGCAAAUUAGAUACAUAAUAUUUAGCUGUGUAUCACCACAUAGCUAAGGAGCGAAGGAAAGGGAUCGUGUGUCUGAGCGGCCUUCUCAGUUCUACUUUAUUACUCACUCUGUUUAAUGACUUAGCAGAUACUGCGACUCUCCAUGAGGUAAGGCAUAAAAUGACAGAUUGUUCUCUGUUAGUUCUUUACCAUGUUUUUACAUAAGAUGGUGACAUGUACCUUCAUUUUCCAAGAGUGCCUGACAGAUCUUUCAAAAUCUGCAGUUGUAAAUCCACCUCAGUCCUCUGCCUAGUCAUUAAAGGACCAGCAUGUACACCCAAUCUUCUGGGAAAGAUUGACACCUUUACUCAUGUUUACUAACCUUAGUCUCAUCUAAGUAAUUUUGGCUUGAAUUUUGCUUUCUCAGAUACUAGUUUUGCUACUUGGGGUACUUAGAAUAUAGUUUUUCAUCCAAUAGAUUAAUCUCUUGAUAAAGGCAAAGAGACCACAUGACCAAAUCACAUGCCUAAAGCUCCUCUGAACACUGCAUAAAAUGUAUGACCAAGUCUUGAGUAUGUAAGUCCUUCGGGGAGACCAUUGGUACCCCAACUGCAGCAUUCCUUAUCUGGCCCUCAAAACGCCCAUGUCCAUCUUAUAAUGCAAACAUACAUUGUCAUCUCCAAGUGUACCAGUUCUAGUGUUCAAAAAUCUAAAGCCUCGGACUCAGAGCUAAGGUUUACCUCUGUAAAACUCAAAAAUGUGUUGUGUUCUUCCUUGAUAGACUAGCACAGAUUAAAAUCCCAUUACAGAAGAGAACAGUAGAAGAAUAGCAAACACACCCGAACCAGAGCAAGACCAGAAUCCAGGAAGGCAGACAUUAAUACUGUAGCCCCAUGUCUGGGGUGUGGUGCAAACCGGUAGUGAGAUUGUAGACCCUCAGAAGAGGUCAUAGCAUGCCUUCUUCAUAGUAUUUUCCUUUAAAGCCCAUCUGGCCUCAAUGUGGGCUCUGCUCAUUGCCCACGGGCUUUCUUAUGUUCCUUAUUCCUGGCAUGUCCAAGUUCUGGACCUCAGUUGGAGCCUAGCUACACUCUCGCAGGGGCUGUGUGCUAGGAUCCAGCCUUGAUCCUUCAUUCCUUAGACUUCCAAGGUUUACUUUAAAAUUUAGAUAAAAGCUAGGAUUUUCCCUUCACAAUCUUCUCAUUUUGAAAUUUUAAUAAUUAUAAUGGAGGAUCUCAGACCCAGACGGGAUAUUAUGAAGGCAUAAUCCAGCCCUGCCUUAAUCUACCAGUGUCUGGGUGAAUGUUUGGCACCGAUCUCCAGCAGAUCUGCCAUGAUUGAAUGAGCUGCCUCCAAGCUGCUUCUGGCAACAGAAUUCCUAGACCAAUUGGAAUGUCCCUCUCACCAGAGGUGCUCUGCUUUUACACACGUGAAUAUGAGGAGUGGCUGAACAGUGCUCUUCUUCCUUCAGACCUUCCAGGGCACUGAAGUGGACAAGGUUAUCCGACCAGAGCCGUUUGCACUCCAUGUACACUGAGCCUUCCCCCGUUAACCACACAUGGCUAGAUUUGUUCCUCUUCGCAGAGGUCUGCCCACAUUUCUCUUUGAUCCACCUUUUCAUUGUCUAUCCCAUGGACCUGUGUCCACUCCAAAUCAUAGCCAGGUUCCCGGGUAUAUGAUUCUCAGUGUGGUCAUUUGUCCAGCUGGGUAUAGAGGCUACUGGGACCACCAAUCCCCCGCUACAGCCAUAGGGUUUGAUGAGGUAAAAAUCCUUUGGAUAUGGUUCCCCACCUUGGCACCCAAGCUAGAAAGUGCAGGGAACCCCUCCUCAGUGUUGGCUCACUGUGGAGAUCACACUUCUCAUAGAUUGUUUCUGCAGCACCAGAUUCUGUGUCUGCCUCUUGCCAGGGUUUUCUUUCUCUUUUUUAUUUAAGACCCCGUUAAGCAAGAUUCUUCUACCCCACCUGCCCUGUCAUCAGGUACAAAAUCGGAUUAUUUUUCUUUUACAAAUAGAAAGUGUAGUACUUCUGUAUUUUAUUACAAAAUUCUGUCUGAUUUUGUACUCCCUUUUCUUUCUGCACUACCCUCCUAUCCACGAUGCCAUCUGCCUGCUGUUCAGCCUUUCUCUAGGAGCUGCAUGAAUGCACUGGAUAGCUCUCAUCUGCCACCUUCCCUCUGUUAAAGUGUGAGCUGCUGAGGACUCAUUCUUUUUGUCUGAUAGAAAACCUAUGCUUCUCUAGUUUAGGCUAAUGAUACUAAGUUCCUAUUGUACAAGGGCGUAUCUGCAGGGGGCUUGUCCAUUUUGAUACCCUUGCUUUAAAUACCUUUUGUAUUGGUGAAGGUAAUUAUUCUUAGAAUUAUUGAAGACAGUCCAAAGAAAUUUAGCACACUCAGGCUAUUUCAGAGUGAACCUCCUGGUAUCUUCUUCUAUCUCUUCCCUGAGCAAUCGUUGUGGACAAAGUCUUUUUUAACCCUAUAUCCUGGAUUCUGUGAGGAUAUCUAAAUCAUUUUAUGGUACCUAUAUCUGAAUUAUAUUAUGGUAUACAUUUUUUUUGUUGACCAGAUUAUGUCAGCUACCCAGUAUAUACUCUAUUUAGCAUUGUUUAGACAGAAAUUUAGUAAAACUCAAUUUUAGAGAAAAGGUAUUAAAUGAUCUCAAAAGCUGUUUUUUUUUUUUUUGUUUUGUUAUGUUUUCUGUGUGUGUUGAUAACAGUGUUGAUCUUCUAACACCUUUUCCUAGUUCCUAGAUAGCAUAAGCACAUCCUCAAUCUGCGGUGCCUUUUCCUAUGUGCACUUUAUUGCACACCAUUGCUAAGAAACUGUGUGCAGCUCCUACUGUGUGCCAGACCCUGUUCACAGAUGACCUCCUCUUCCCUCACAGAAUGCCUCUGAGCUCUUCAAAUUCAUGUUCUAACAGGACCAUGAGCCAGCUCUCAAAAGCAUGUCAUGCUGUGCCAAAGACCUUUGUAGCUUUGCUGUUAUGUUCUUCACUGUUUGUGGCACACUCUCAGUUGGCAUAGCUCAUCUUUGGCACUUUUCUUUGGCACUUAAUUGGAUGACUUAAGUGCCUUCCAAGAACACUUGUGAAAAUUACAUGCAAUCAGACAACUUUCUACUCGUGCAGAAGGCAUUGAUUGAUCUAAACAGCAAGAAUAUUUCCAAGGAGGGACCGAGGCAGUCAUGAUGGAGCAUGGCCAGACUUGACACCAGACGCUGAGUAUGAUCUUCAGCAGAUGAUGGAUGGAGUUUAGUACAGAGGGCUUGAUUGGAUUUCAUGCCCGCCCUGACUGAAGACAGUAUAGCAGGAAACCCUGAAUAGUGUGGUCUCCUGCAGCCUGGGAAGAGCAUGAACAGAGGAAUGGACAUUCCACUGCAGUAUGGUGUCCCAGUCCCAGGUGUUGAUCGUAAGGCACGAGAUUGUGGAGCUGGAAGAGACAUGAGGCAGGUGGUGACAGUGAGGUCACAGGGAACAGAUGAUCUGCUAAUGCAGUGCACCAGCGGUUGGAGUGUUGGAGCUGAUGAUGCAGUGUCCUCUUCAGGCCAGCAUCCUCAGAUGACAAUGAGACCUAGAAGUCGGAGACGGAAACGGGGGUGCCAGGAUCUACAUGUGGUAAUCCACUGUGUGGUUCUGAGUGGAUUUGCCAUAACAAGUACAUUAUUUAUGCCUGAUAAUCAUAUGAUGCUGGUCUUUAUAACUAAUCAUUAAUCUUCUGCACUUGAUUUUAUUUUCUAUAAACUUUACCUAUGGAUGGAAGAAGGAAGACUUCCUCACAUGACAGAUCUGACUUUGAAAUAUUGAACCAAGGAAAAAAAAACUGGAAAGUAUGUUGAGAAGUACGCCCAAUUGCUGCCCUGCCUAAUUCUGUUCAGGAGACAAUGAAGUAGCUUUUUAAAGCUGGAACUGUAAAGACUCCUGAGUACACUUCCAGCCACAAGUCAGCAUUGCCAUUUUUAGCAAGUGUGUAGAAGGAAAGGAGGGCAUUUCUUUCCAUGCUGACGGAACUAUGUGGUUGUACAUUUCCAGCGCCCUCUACUUGUAAACUUUAAACCAUACGGAUAAACCAUAGUGUGGCCAUGUCCCCAUUGUGCUGGAGUUUGUAUCAAUAGUUAAGAUGUUAAAACUGCACUCUUUUUUUGCCUACUUUCUCAUAACUGAUAUCUGUGGGACUAGCUGUAUUUCUUGUUUUUUUUGUAUUGUUUAGCUCUAUAAAAUGGCCCCAGAAAAUCUCCAAAUAGUGUCUCUAACUACAACAAAGGAGAAUUGUAUGGUUCCUUAAAUUCACACUAAAUUUGAUUUAGAACAGUUUUAGUGUGAAUGUUUUCAUGUCUCAGUUUAUUUGAAACUCAAUAUUCAAAGCUCUCUAGUAGAACCAACUUAUUAAAUGUUACUUUAGUGUGCAGUAAAGUGUUCAGUUAAGCAACUGUUUAAGAAUGAGACUUCAUUUUGAAAUUCGUUAUGAAUCAUAAAGCAAAAGUCAUAGUUUUUCAGAGACAUGGUCUCAGAUAUUUUUCGUCCAGUAUGUCAGAAUAGAAUUUAUAAUACAAACAAAGUUUGCUUUAAUUAAAAGACUUUUUUUUUUGCUGCAAGUCCCAUCUGUUCUCAGAAAGCAUCAGGUAGAGUUUGCAUUAGUAGAAGAAGGAGGCUUCUACUAACUCUGUAAAAGUCUGUUCUCAACUAGAAGUGGUGGUUUUCCAAACAUACUUUGUGUCGUAUGAAGGGAUAAGAAGGAUAUAGUUGAGGACGGGUGAUUUACCCUCAGCUCUAGAACCAGUAGAGAAACCCUAAUUUUAGUGCUUGUCUUACAUUCUUGUAUUAAUUACUAGACUAUGUUAGUCAUGUCUCCAAAGAAAACAGGAGCCGACAAGUCAGUUAAUGAAUGAAACAUCUGAUUUUAAUGGGAUUUUCAUGUUUCCUCUCCAUCUCUUCUAUGAGUGCCGUGAACAAGUUCUUCCUUCCUGAUAGUUUGUCUUCCAUGCAUAUUGAGUUUAUAUAUUUAUCGUGUAUACCUGCUGUUACAUGAAAACAACUUUCAACUUUAAGUGCGGCCGUUAUGUGGUAUCCAUGUUUAUUGAUCAUGCACCACAUAUUCACUGCAGUCCCUACAGAGUAUUUAUGAUAUAUAUUAUGUACUGUCUUUUAUUAUAAUAUUAUACAAAAUUCUUUUCCUUUUACCCAUGAGUGCCAUCUGUUUGUUUUUUGGUUUGUUUGGGUUUUUUCUUCUUGAGUCAAAGAAUAAAGUUUAAUCCCUUUCCUCUACCUUGCCCUCUGUUGGUGUAAGUAGGAAAUGAAUUGUUCAAAUCUCUGCAAUUAGAAUUUCAGAAGUAGGGGAUAUUGGUCACUUGACUUAAUAAAGAUUACAUAUAUAAUAAAUUUGUCUAUUUUCUAAUUAAAAGCAAUUAAGUUUUCCCUUUAUUAGAAUAUUAGUAAUAGCCUAGAUUAUGAAAAUGUCUGUAUGUGUGGGAUGGGGCACACAAUGAAACAAGCCUGCUUAUGACAGCAAGUGCUUGUAACCAACCAGUAGCAGUGCUUGAGGCUGUCACUCGGGUAUCUUACUCCUCAGAUCCCUUAGAAGCUACAACAUGAGACAGUUGAAGGGCAAGUACCGUCAGGACAGUGGAUAGUGUGGCUGAGGAAGACUGGAAAGGGAGGUGUACAGAGGAUGUGUUGUCAAGUUGACUAGCACUACAGGCUAUUAGAACUGUAGUUUCUUUUUUGCUACUCUGGGAAACACUAAAAUACACAGUUGAGACAUACCCCGUUUGAGGACGUGGGUUUCAGAGCUGUUCUGGGGAGAAUGGCAUCUAUUUCAUGCAGUAAACAGCAGCCCUUGGUGACUUGUGAUCAAGAAAAGAGCUGUAGCUGAACAUGAUGGCACCUGACUGCAGUUCCAGCACCUGGGAGGUAGAGGCAGAAGGGUCAACAGUGUAGGGGCAGUCUGGGCUACGAGACUGGCUGAAAAAAAAAGUAGAAAAAGCCGUAGCUGAAGAAGGGUAGAUACAGACUUAGGUGUGUGGCACAAAUGAUUUGGACACAGUGCCACGUUAUCUUUUAGGUGUAGCAGUCACAGUUCAGCCUCCUAGAAUUCUGUGCACUUGGAACUGCCUGGCUUUAUAGUCCACCCAGAGCCCACGGAGGAGCUGGAAGGAAGCAAGGUGAGGACACUGCUGAGGUUCUGCCCCGACAGUGUUGAGUAGCCAUACGAUCGCGUCAGGACACCUGGGUCACAUGAGUCCUCCUUUGUCAUCUUUAAGUUUGGAAGAUGAAUCCAUACCUUGCCUUUCCUGUGGUGUGUAUGGUCAAACUGAGCUUUACACAGCAGAGAGAGGGAGGUAAUAGGUUUUUAACAAAGCACCUUGCUCCACAACAGAGUGUUCUCUGUUGAAUAAACAAGAAGAAAAACACUUCUGAGCAAUUUUAAGUUUUCAAAGGUAAAUUAAAGGGACAGAUAUUGUCCAGUGAUAACUAAAAGCUUUAAAGACUCUUCUAAGUCAUGACACACACAUAUUUCACAACUGCAAUUUUGGACUCCCCCUUCCUCAUGUUAUGUCAUGAAUGUGCCAUAUGUUACUGUGCAUAAUAUACAAAGUAUAUAAUGUGCAAAGUACAUAAUAUAAGUUGUAUUAUAUGACUGAUUGUGUCCACAUUUUAAUAAUAAAUUAUGAAUGUAUAAUUUAUAAGAAAUAAAACACGUUAACCUCA